AUGGUGCGGUUUAAAAACAGGUAUUUUACUAUUGAAGUAAUACCGAAGAAAGAGUCAAAGCCGUUAGUAUUAAAAACCUCAACAUUGCAAGCAGCGAUUCAGAAAGAAGUUCAAAAUACUUAUGGACAAAAAGGAUUAUCCACUAUUAGUACUGGAUUUAAUGCUAAAUAUUGUAAUACUCAUACAAAAAUAGCGUUGAUAAGAUGCCGGCAUGGACCACAUAAUUACUUAAUUAGCACUAUUCCUAAAGUAAUUGACAUUGGAGGUACAACAGUAUCUAUAAAAAUACUUUAUGUUGGUGCAACUAUGAAGAAAUGUUUUGCAUUUAUAAGAAAGUACCAGACAAAAAAAUUAGAAUCAAUGUGGGCGAGUUUGAAGAACGACAAUGAGAGAAAAAAAAUGAUUGACGCGUUAAUGACGCUGACUCCCGCGAUGAAAAACUUUCAAUAA